CUCAACCAUUUCUUGUCUUCUUUGAGUAAACGGACUCUUCGGAACCGUUGCACUGGUUGAAUAUGGCUUAGUCUGUUGGCUUCCUUCGAUCGGUCAGCCUCUUACUAUAUUGGUCCUCCACCUCCUCAGGCUCCGGGUGUAAUUAAUUAAUCCUUUCGCAACCCCCUUGGCAUGACUUCUUGAUGAAUAUGCCGGUCGACUCUAUCUCUUCGCUCCAUGCUCUUUCGAUCUUCGAACCAAAUCGCGUGAGAGUAUUCCGUCGGAUCCUAUUCGAGUCACCGGCCACGGCGUUCGCCAGCUAUUGUAUACCCGCUGAACUUUGAAAAAUAUUGUGGCCUCGAAAUCCCUCUUUUUCAUCAUCUUUGACCUCUCUCGUCCUCGUCAAUCGGUGGUAGAGUGGAGAGUGGGAGUGGGAGUGAGAGUGAGAGUGAGUGUGAGAGUGAAACACUGCCUCCGUCCAGCGAUCCGAUACCGUCAUGGCAACUCUACCCAACUCGUUCAGGACCCGGCCAGAAUUCACCAAUCCCUGGAACAGACCCCCAUCCAAGUCGUCGCAACUGUCGGACCAAUCGUCUGAUGGCCGCAUUGCACACACAUUAACGGCUUGUACCCGGUGCCGACAGCGUAAAUCUAGAUGUGAUCCCGGAAUACCAAAAUGCGCCCCGUGCCAGCGCAGCAAUACAAAGUGUGUCUAUUACGACUCGGCGCGAAAAUGUACCAUCCCGCGAACCUACAUCAGCACCCUCCGCGACAAGGCUCGCGCCAUGGAAAGGGAACUGGUGACGCUUGAGAAGGACUUUGAACAUGCAGCGGAUGCUGAAUUGAUGGUGCGCGGAGCCGGUCGCAUUCGGUUCAAAGAACACGACGAGUCGCGCUACUUAGGCCCGUCGAGUGGGAUCGCCAUCACGCGCCUGGUCAUGGAGAUGGCCAAGCACAACACGGACUCAAAAAGCAUUAAAGAUGUCGUGCCGGAAUUUACCGCCCAGGAGAUUAAGGACCGUUUUAUCUUGGAGAGCUCCAAGCCCACAUCCAAAAUCUUUCCCAUCAUAAGCUCUACCCCGCAGCAGAACCUGCCUCCCAGAGCGAUCACGUACCGACUCGUCGAUGUAUACAUGGUCAAAGCCCAAGCAAUGCUUCCCACGCUGCAUGAACCUACGUUCCGCCAAGAAGUCGAAGAUGUAUUCAAUGGUUCGAAAGACCCGUGCAAAAACUUUCAGCUCCGCAUGGUGAUUGCCAUUAGCAUGCAGAAGAUGAGCCCCGACUUUGCCGGGCUGGCGGAUGGUUAUUACCUGGCCGCGCUGCCUUUUCUAGAAGCUUCCCUUCAACGAAUGGACCUGAGGUCAUUGCAAUGUCUGAUCAUGAUCGCGCAAUACUCCUUGUUGACACCUACGCGGACGGCCGCAUACUGGGUCGUUGGAAUAGCAGUCAGACUGAGCCAGGAAUUGGGACUGAUGACCGAGUCGACCGUAGUGCGCUCACCCAGCGGGGCGCCAUUGAAUCCCUUGGAGAUUGAUAUGCGCCGGAGGCUAUUUUGGAUCGUCCUCUCGAUGGAAUAUGGUCUUUCCCAUAGCCUCGGACGUCCCAGCUCCUUUUCGGUCCAUCAUGACUUUAUCGAUGUCAAAUUCUUCGAGAUGGUCGAUGACAAGUACAUCACCGCGGAGGGGAUCAUCCCUGGAGGGGUGCCAAUCCUGCCCAAGUGUAUCGCCAUCCACUUCUUCAAAAUGCGCCUCCUCCAAUCCGAGAUUCGGCGGACCCUCUAUCUCAACAAGCGCGAGACGCCACUUGAUGAUCAAGACCCGUGGUUCUCCCAGAUGCUCUGUAAGCUCGACUACUGGGUGGCCUCGUGUCCGAAGAAAGAUGGCGGCAGUGGACUCAGUGCCACAUGGUUUCAUGGUCGACGGAAUACGAUGAUCGUCUUCAUGUUUCGACCGUCGCCCCAGGUCCCCGAACCGUCGGUCAGCGCUGCAGAAAAAUGCUAUGAAGCGUCCGUCUUCAAUGUCAAAAUGCAGCGCGAACAGCUCCAGACGCAGUCGGUGGAUUUGACCUGGAUUUUCACCCAGUCGCUCUUCAUGGCUCUGAACACGAUCCUCUGGUCCCUAUCAUACCCCGAUAUCCGGCGGGAGCACCCGAUCGAGGAAGUGAUGGGCCACUUGGAAGUGGCCAUGGAAGCGAUUGCCCUCGCAUCGAGACGGUGGCCCGGCGUCGAAUCGGCCUUGAUUCUUUAUCAGAGCCUCGUGACUGCGUGCUUGAAAGCCUACAAUACCGACGAGUCCUUCGUGGUGUCGUCACCGGCGAACCAAGGGACUCCCGCCUCCUCGCAGGAUGUCACCAGUCCUCCGUCCACGACGAGCCCCGCGAGCACCACCGCGUCCUUCCACUCCCAGAACGUUCGGGGCGCCAGUUCCUCGGUCACUGACAGCGCAUCGGUCCACGCCUUCUCCCGGGGGCCUUCGACUGACCCUCCCCCUUCCCACUCACAGCCAUCGUCCCAGACUUCUCCCUUAUCAAGCGUGGCCAUUGAGCCCAUCAAAGCAACCGACUUCGCCCUAUGGGGUCCCCACUCGCACACGCAGUCGUCACCUUCGUCGAACGCGACGCCCACCCCAUUCACCACGGCCCCAUACAAGAAGCCCCAGACGACCUGUGCCGAUCUGCCCUUCGACGCCGCAACGCCAUACAAUCCCUUUCCGUCCGUCUUGCCAGGGGUUUCGGGCUGGGACCCCAAUGCAUCGAUCGCCUCCACCACCUCGGAGACUCUGGCAUAUAUCAAUGCCGCUUUCAAUCCGUUAGACUGGAUGGACACAAUGGAUGACCAGUACUCCCAAUACCUCAACGGCGCUUAUCCGACCUCCUCCUGGCGGGAACGGACCCUGAGCCAGCAAGAUCAGAUCGAGCUAAUGGCGUCCCUAGCGGAUAACAUUCCGGAUGUUUCGUCCCAACUCGUGCAGGACUCGGCCACUUUCUACCAGUCGUGAUGCAUGUGUUUUUCCUACUCUUCUUGUCGUAUUACUUGCUUUUCUUUCCCCCCUCCUUUUUUUCCAAACCCAUCUUUACUCUAUCACUGUAUUUUCUUGGUUUCUCGACUGGUCCCUUAUAGUCAAUGCGUGCACCGCGACGCCUUGGGGGGCCAUGAUCGCGUUUAUUUUUUCUCUCUCUGGAAAUGUAAAUAUACCCAUGGGCUAUAUGAUUAUGGGGUGUGUUUGUUUAUGAGUUGUGACAGCUUGGCGU